AUGGAUUCCCAUCGUAGCUCGCGUCGCAAUAGCGGCCAGCAGUCAGAAAGCACGGGCACAAAACAACCUGAAGUCACCACAUUUUUGACGAAAGAAUCCCAAACUACUACACAGUCUAAAGUCAGCCCUGUGCGCUCUUGGUCAUGGGAAAUCACAUCACUUGUAUUUGCCCUCGCGCUCCUCGUCGCCAUCAUCGCAGUUCCUGCACAUUACAAUGACAAAGUUCUGAAACGAUGGCCGUACGACAUUAGCCUCAACACCAUUAUUGCCAUUCUAAGCACCUUUAUGCGAGCGUCUAUGAUGCUUGUUGUCGCUGAACUCGUUGGGCAGAUGGGAUGGCACUCGCUGCGAAAACCUCGUCCUGUUUCCGAUCUCCAUCACUUCGACAACGCGAGUCGAGGCAUCCUUGGAGCUAUAAAGUUGUUCUGGAACGUCCCUCCGCGCCUUGCGAGCGUUAUUGCUGCCAUUAUCAUCAUUCUUUCACCCGCCAUUGCACCAUUCUCUCAGCAAGCUGUCAGGACUGUCCCGUGCCCACGGGAAGUCUCAGGCUCAGCUUCCCUGCCGGUUUCACACUACGUCCCAGCUCGAGGGUCGUCAUACCGACUGAGUGCCGGCCAAUCUGAGAUUUCGAACGACAUGAAAGCUACCAUGAUCAAUGGUCUUGUCAAUCCAACCGGCAAAGACACGGCUAUCGAAGCUACAUGUGCUAGUGGAAACUGCACAUUUACAGAAAACUCCCAAGGCGUGACACACACCUCUAUUGCAAUGUGCAGUUCGUGUCUUGACACUACCGAGUUCAUCAAGUUGAAUGUCACCAAGAAAGUAGGCUAUUCAAUCCUCAACUACACUUUGCCAAACACGCAAUGGCUUCAACCUAUGGGAGGCGGCCAGCUGAUCGAUGCCGCAACUGGAGAUGUUGAUUGGGCUCUUGGUGGAGUUGACUCUGAUUUUGCAGAGAUGACAAAAAGAUCAAUCACGAACUUGACGAUUUUGACCUCCUCACAAAGCGCUUGCACCAACAUAUCUAGGGCUGGUGCGAACUGUCCCGAGGAUAGAUUUACCAGCGACACACCGGAAGUCUACAGGUCGCAGAAUGUAGUGGCCAUAACCUGUGCUCUCUAUCCCUGUUUGAAACAUUACCACGCCCAGGUCAAGGAAACAAAACUCGAGGAAAAGGUCAUCAGUGAAGAGCCGUUGACGCCCAUUGAAAUUAUCUACAGCGAUAAUGCACCACAGAGAGCUAAGAAUCUCAAGCGAACCACCGUUCAGUCACCUUGUUUGGUUGAUGGCAAGGAGUACAAUUUUGACAAUUUCUCUCGUAUGGCUGAAUCCACAAAGGACACCUCAACGGUGGAAAUUGAUGGCAAAAACUACACAGCCCCGAACCAGUGCAUAUAUGAAGGCGGGUUUACAUAUCUCAUGGGCCUUGAAAGCUUCAUGAGAGACACUCUCUUUAACGGAGCCUGCGCACCCAGUUACACGACAGGAUCACCUCCGAAGUGUGAGAACAGAUGGUGGCUUGCCCCUCUAUACAACUCAUCCUACGAAGUCUUGGAUACUGCAGUGGAUGAAUUCGCUACGGUUAUUACGAACAAUUUCCGCAGGCAAGCGGCGAUAAAUAUGAAUAUCUCGGGAUCGGAUAAAGUUACCGGAACAGUAAACGAAACAACCAUUUGUACCGUUUUUGACUGGCGUUGGGUCUUACUGCCGGCUGGCUUGAUGGUAGUCACAAUGGUUCUGUUGAUCCAUGUUGUUGUUCAAAGCUAUACCAACGCAGCAUUGCCCAUCUGGAAGACAUCUGUUCUGCCGUUGUUGUUCUAUGGACCCAACGUAUUGAACGAUCUGACUCGUCAAACUGAUUUGGAUGAGCUUCAGAGGCAGGCAGGGAAGAUCAAGGUUGAAUUCAAGGACGAUGAUGGUAUUAGAUUGCGGAGGAUAGAUACCACAGCGACGGAGAGUUGA